AGAUGGUGGUUGCUUGCAUGGAAUAUGUUAGAAUGCAGUGAAAAAAGCCUGUUGACGGUCUCCCCGAGUUUUCUUUGAGCCUAAUCUACGGUGCUAGUUACUGUCCCUUUUCUGGCGAGUUCAUUGCACUAAGGCAGACGUCAAUGAAAGGCAUACCUUUGAGGGAGGUAGGAAAUGAUUUUUGAGCGUGUGCCGAUUUUAAGACACCUGGUGUCACAGAGCAGAGUCCGUCUGACGUAAUUUUCCCCGUUGCUUAUCAUGGAGAUGACUGGCAACAAGUACAAGCGCACCAACUUCGACGAUGAUGAAAGUGGUGCGGGCACACCGCCCGGGCGGAGCUACGAGCCAGGCAUUGUCUUCAAGGCGAGCGCCAGUGUGUGGCACUCGCGCUCCGUCCUGGAGAAGGCGAUGUUCUUGCUCACGAUGCUCUUCCUGCUGGUCGUCAUCGUCCUCGCGAUACUCCUGUCGGCGAAACGCAUCGAAGUAAGACAUGUGGUCAUCCACAAUAAAACAGAGAUCAUUCAACCAGUUCCAACGGAGUAUUGCAUGUCGCCAGCAUGCGUCAACACCGCCAGUCGUAUCCUGUCAAGUAUGGACCAGACGGUCGACCCCUGCCGAGACUUUUACACGUAUGCUUGUGGGAACUGGAUAAAGACGCACCCAAUCCCCGAGGGUCAUUCUCGCUGGGGGACGUUCAACACCAAAUGGAAGGAGAACCAACUGGUCAUGAAAAUUGCGCUUGAGACGCCCCUCAAUGCCUCAACGAGCUCCGCGGAGAGAAAGGCCAAGCUGUAUUACCAAUCAUGUAUGGACGAAGGAGGUGUGAAAGAAAAGCUGGGUGCCGAACCUCUCAUCGACAUCAUCAAGAAGGUCGGGGGCUGGGCAAUCAAUGACGAAAACUUCGACGUGAAAACAUGGAAUUUUCACUCCUCCUUGGAACAGACGCAUUCAAAUUAUGGUCUAGGGACAUUUUUUGGGAUGUUUGUUGGGAUGGAUGAUAAAAAUUCUUCUAGGAAUAUCAUUCAGAUUGACCAGAGUGGCCUAGGUUUGCCUAGUCGUGAUUAUUACAUUAACAAGACCAUCGAUGACGACAAGAUCUUAGCCGCAUAUUUGGACUACAUGGUUGGAAUUAGCGGCUUACUAGGCGCCCCCAUACGGAAUAUAACAGAACCACUGUUUAGAGAUAUGAUCGAUUUUGAGGCCAGGAUAGCUGAAAUAACAGUCCCACAGGCUGACCGACGGGAUGAGGAGAAACUCUACAACAAAAUGACGGUCGCCAAUUUACAGAAAAUAGCCCCUGCGUUUGAGUGGAAGAAAUACCUCAACACGAUGUUCGGUCUGGCUGGUAUCCAGAUUACCGAGGAUGAAGAGGUGGUCGUCGCCGUCCCAGGUUUCAUGUCAAACAUGUCGGCCAUAGUAAUGGACAUGCUGGCGACGGAUGCAGGGAAAACGACAUUAAACGUGUACAGUAUGUGGCACGUUGCCAAGUCGCUGGACAGUUUUCUCAGCAAAGACUUCGAGGAAGUUGAACAAGUAUUCAAAAAGGCAUUUUCAGGUACGAGUGGUCGCGAUGAGAAAUGGCGAGAGUGCGUGUCUGAUGUCGACGGUACCAUAGGCUUUGCUGUCGGGGCAAUGUUUGUCAAGUCGGCAUUUCAUGGAGACAGCAAAACGACGGCGGAAGAAAUGGUAAAACUGAUCAAGAUGUCUUUCAAGAAAAAUCUUCCCAAUCUAAGUUGGAUGGACGCGGAGACAAUCAGAAAGGCUGAUGAGAAGGUGGAUGGUGUGGUGGACAUGAUCGGAUUCCCUGACUACAUCCUGAACCAAACCGCUCUGGAUGAACGGUAUGCAGGUGUCCGCAUCGAAGACAAUGAGUACUUUGAUAACAAUCUCCGUACGAUACAAUUCGAUAUCAUACGCGAAUUGAAACGGUUGAGGAAGAAACCGGAUAAAAAGAGGUGGAGUAUGACGCCUCCAACAAUCAAUGCAUACUACGCGCCAACAAAAAACAUGAUUGUUUUCCCGGCCGGAAUCCUACAGAUGCCAUUCUACGACAAGGACUACCCAAAGUCGCUGAACUUCGGAGGUAUAGGUGUCGUGGUUGGGCAUGAGCUUAGCCAUGGCUUUGACGAUCAAGGUCGGGAAUACGACAAAAAUGGUAAUCUGCAUCCGUGGUGGAAUAAAGAUGUGAUCGCCCGAUUCAAAGAGAGAACGAAAUGCAUGAAGGAACAAUAUUCAUCAUAUACUAUCAAUGGAGAGCAUAUAAAUGGUCAGCAGACGGUUGGUGAAAAUAUAGCCGACAACGGAGGGUUAAAGGCUGCUUAUAGUGCUUAUCAGGACUGGCGUAAAGUUCACGGGUCAGAGCACCCCCUGCCUGGGAUAAAUAUGACCGACUAUCAGUUAUUUUAUCUUGGGUUUGCUCAGGUUUGGUGCAGCAUUGCGACCAAGGAGACCUACCAUUUACAGUUAGUCAGUGAUGCACACACACCAGCUCAGUAUAGGGUGAUUGGUUCGCUCUCCAAUUCUAAAGAAUUCGCACAACACUAUAGCUGUCCGUCAGGCACCCCCAUGAAUCCUGUGAAAAAAUGUGAGGUGUGGUGAGGUGGCGAGAUACACUUGUAUUCUACUUACGGUAAAGAUGUAAAAAGGGGAAAGUGGAAAGAGGGAAGAGGGAAGUUGAAAAUGGAAAAAUAUUGAUAUCUGAGGAAAGGCCAGGUGGUGAUUUUCAGCAACGGGUAGCAGAUGAUCAAUGAUCGAUUUUAAAACAAGCCUGACAAGUCAGCCUCUUGUAGCUACUUUUACUGCCAGUACCUUGGGUACAAAGCUUGAAACUGCAUUGUAGGCAUUAGGGUUUUAAGAGUCGAGG